GGUGAACAGGCUCAAGAACAUUACAAGCUGAAGAUAGCAGAUGGCAUUAUUCCUGAACCGCUUGGAGGUGCACAUGCUGACCCUCUAUGGAGUUCUCUCAGGAUUAAAGAUGCCAUUAUUACGCAAAUGGAGGAACUGGCAAGGAUGAGUACAGAAGAGCUACUCGAACACAGAAGGCUCAAAUUCCGGUCAAUGGGAUUAACCGGAGUCAAAGAAGGUGCUGAGGUGGCGCCCGAAAGAAAACGCAACAUGAAACCGUCCGAGCUAAACGCACCAAAGUUUGCCGACUUAGAAUCCGAAAUUGAAGAUCUCAAGAAAACGAUACUCGAGGCAAAGGUGCCGUGGGACCCACUCACCAGCCAAAAGCUCGAGAAGCUCGAAGAUGAUCUCGACCAAGAAAUGACCAAAGCAUUUAUUUCAAUGGGCUUAAUCGAACAAAUCGAAUCUCUCAACUUAGAGCUCGCUAAAUCAGCCAAUCCCGAUCAAGCUUUGAACGAAGGUCUGAAGGAAAAAGCUGAUAAGUUGUUACACGAGUUCAAGAAAAAGCUGUCGAGGCCAGGUGCUUAUCUCGGAUUAAAGCAGAAGCUUCAAAAGCUGGAAAUGGUGAGCAAGCUUAUCGAGAUGAAAGAGAAAAGCGAGAAGGUGAAAAGUGAACUUAAUCAGAAGCUUUCUUCGGACGUAAAAGCUAAAAUGGAGUUUCUUAAUACGGCUAGAGAGAAGUUGUCCGAAGGGAAUGAAAUAGACGAAAAGCUUGUUCAAGAAGUUGAAGUUGCUAAGGAAAAGCUGGAGGAAGUUCUGAAAGCAGCUAACUUGCAGCUUUUGGGUACGAAAAAACUGGACGUGGAUAAUGAAUUUAGAGAAGAAAUGGCGAAGGUGAAUAAAGAGAUUAAGGAGGAGAUCGAGAAGGUUAUCGAAGAAAAGGGACUCGGUCGGAAAAUCGAAGAGUUGAAAGAAGAAGCUACGAGAGAUUCGACUUCUGAGAAAGUUAAAAAGCUGGAAGCUGAAGUUAAGGAAGUGAUUUCCGACGCGCUUAAGGACAGUCCGCUUAAAGAGAGGCUCGAGAGUUUACGGGUGAAACGGAGUGAGGAAGUUUUGGAAGAAGGAAAUGUCCCGGUCGAUAACGGCAGAUGGUGAAUGUAUACGUAUACGUGUAUAACUGUGUGUAACAACACUGGUAUUGUAUUUAUUCAUGUUGAGGUUUGGUUCUGUUAUCUGGUUUUUGAAUGUUCUGUUUUUCUUUUUGGAAAAUUCUGUUUCAAUAUUA